AUGCGGCUUCCAUAUGCCCCCAACACCCCGCCCACCGAUGGUGACGAUGUCGCCGACACCGCCGACAUUUAUGCCCGCAUUGCGGCACGAAGAAACCCGCGACCCCUCAUCCCUCUGGAUCUCUCCCUGCUGCACAGCCCACCCGUCGCAGAUGGUUGGAACAGCUUCCUGGGCGCCAUUCGCACGCGCACCAUUGUGGACCUGGGUCUCCUCGAAUUGGCUGUGUGCCGGGUUGCCGUACUCAACGGCGCGGUGUACGAGUGGAAUGCGCAUGCCCCGCUCGCCCUGAAGGGCGGUAUUGCACCAGAGGAGCUACAGGCUUGCCGGACAUUGCCCUGCACCACGGAAGGUGACUUGGCUGAGUUGGAGAGUAGCGUGCUUACCCCCCGUCAGCGCGCCGUGCUGCGAUACACCGACCAGAUGACUCGGACCAUCAAAGUCGAGGAUGCAGUCUUUGCCCAGCUGCAGAUCGUUGGAUUCAACGACCGGGAGAUUGUGGAGCUGACCACUGGUAUUGCGGGAUACAACUGCGUGAGCCGGUUCCUGGUGGCCCUGGAUGUGGGUGAGAACAACGACCGCGAAAUGAAGAGCGUUGAGGAAUUGGUCGCCGCUCUGAAAUGA